UACAGUCCGACCGGCAGCGAUGUACAUCUAUCCACGUCACUUCGUUACAUUUUCGAUAACAGAUCCUGUCAUGUUGAACACAGAAUCUAUAUACAAACCUGUUGCGUGUUCCGCUGAAUAGUCAGAUCACGUGACCGAGUUGUCAACGUACGUGUCGGAGGAAGAUGAACGCUGCAUGGUGACAAAACGCGGAUAUGUGCACCAAGUCGACGUCGUCCUGGGGCUGAAAACACUUCUAACGUAUGAACUAGACAGUGACGAUGCGUCAUGAUUGGCAGUAAUACAACACUGGGGAACUGAUCAGGACCUUAUCGGCAUCUGUAGACAGGAUACCAGUUGACCAAGCAAUACACAAGUGGCAAUGGCCAUGGCAUCGCCUCAAGAGGAGGACCCCCUGACAGAGGAUCUCAACUGCCCAAUAUGUCUGGAACUCCUGAACGAACCAGUGACACUCUAUAACUGUUUCCACUCGUUCUGUAGACGGUGUCUUCAGCAGUCGAUUCUGGGGGCUCGGGAGACGUACAGGAAUCCUUACGCAUGUCCCCAAUGUCGCCGUCGUUUCGUCCCCAGUGACGGCGACAAGGUGAACCACCACCUGCAGAACAUCGUCAACAGUCACCGGAAGGCGCAGGAAAGAAUAGCGGAAAUACGUCAGUACGAAAUGCAAGAUUUGAAGUCACAGUCACGUGGUGGAGCGGUUGCUGCUGCUGAAACAACUGAGAAGCCAUCGAAGGUUGAAUUUGAUCACCUCACAUCCUUCCUGUCGACAGUGGACACGAAGCUGCAGUCUCUGCUGACCGCCCUUGACCAGUCCAGUAUUAAUGCAGGAGGAAUGCGAAAGGGGGUAUCAGAUAAGUCAUCAGAACAUUCCACCAUUGUGUCCGAACGAGUACAAGACCAUCCUCGGCCAUCGGUGGAAGAAGUCAACAGGACACAACCACCCAAUACACAAGAACACCACAUCGAUUGUGACUUUGAAGCAGAAUCAGUUGGCGAGUUCCUGGAGCGAUCUUUGUCAGGGCGACCGGUCAGAGUGAGAUGGGACCUCCUGUACACGGAGACAGAUGACGUUUUGUGCUAGUCACGUGAGAAGCUUGUUCAGACCGGAAGUUGCGUGACGUCACGACCAAAGAAUGCACAACAUUUAUCCGGAACUAAAGGCCACACCUGCAAAUGCAUUAUCGGGAGAAGGCGAUGCAUCGUGACUCCUCAAUAUAUUCAAACCAAAAAGCCGGAGGCCUGGGUUCGAUUCCUGACGUGGGAACAAUGCGUGAGGCCCAUUUCCGGUGUCCCCGUCGAGAUAUUGUUGGGGUAUAGCUAAAAGCAUAAACCUUAUUCACUCACACUCAGAUAUUCAGAAAUGUGAUACUUUUUACUCAUAUACACUUUCCAUUCCAUUGUAUUAUAUUUUGAAUCGAAUCUCUGCAGGGAAUCAGGGUUAUAACAGGUCCCCAGCAACCUAUGCUGGUCGUUAUAUAUUCAAGAGGCCACUGGAUGGAUUGGAGGUCAGGCAGCGUGACUUGGGUGAUUGCGUGUCAUCGUACCCCGAUGGAAUGGAUCGUUGCUCACAAUAUCGAUCACUGGUCUGGCUGGUCAAUUAUUUACAGUCCGCCGCCAUAGAGCUGAAAUAUUGCUGAGCGUUAAA